AUGUUUCUUCUUGCAACCCUUGUUUCUUCGAUAGAAUUUCUUGGCAGACAAAAAGACUCAGUAUGGUAUAUUGAUGGAGCUUUCAGCGAUUCGACAUACUUUGUUUACGAAUGCCAAUUUCAUGAUUGCGGUAUUAAAGAAGGAAAAUCAACAAUUCACUUCGAAGGAGAUCAUGCAGAUGCAUCAAUUACUGUAUAUGCAAGUAUAAUUGAAAACGGAAAAGGCUGGAUGGGUGGUGGCAUGCGUUUUCAAGGCAAUUACCACUUAAAUUUAAUGCACAAUUGCAUUAUUUCAUGCAUCGUAGGAGGUGGACAAACAGGAUCAAUAGUAUAUGUAAAUGUUAAUCAAGGUUAUAAUGUUACCUAUCUUUCAACAAUAAAAUGCGGCGAAAGUAACGAGCCACUCUCAUUAUAUAAUUUUCAGUCACUAACAAAUAGUAACAUCUCAUCAGCUACUGCGUACAACUAUAGAUUCAGUAAAGGUACAUAUGGUGUCGUUUAUUUGGAUUCUGAUUUACAAGGUUGUGAUUUUUCCUACUGCACAGUCCAGGGAAAUAAAAGCCCACAGACCAUUAUUUACUUCUAUAAAAUGUCCAAUAGAAUGGACUCCAAAAGAUGCAAUGUAUUAAACAACACUGUUGAUUCCUAUGGCGUAAUUCUAUCUGAUGAUUCAGAUGUACACAUACUAGAGUACUACAUCUAUGGCAAUUCAAGAGGAAGCUCCCAAACAUAUUACGCACAUAACACUUUUGGUUAUAUAACUGUUGAAAAUUGCUCCGCAGAUGAUUCAUCAUAUCACAACUAUCUUGCCUAUAAUAGUGUUGUUUUCGUUGGUACACAAGUUCAUCUCACUAAAGAUGAACAUAAGAUUAUGCAACACUAUGGAACAUACUUGUGCCAUGCAGAUUAUCCAUAUCCAAGAAUGACAGGAACAUUUGCAGCUACACCAGUCGAAACAGUUGCAUCAACACCACAUGUAACUGCUAUAGAAACACCAGUAGAAACUGUUUUUAGUACUGCUCAUAAGACACCGUUUGAAACAAUGUCUUCAACACCAUUUGUAACAGCUGUAGUAACUCCUGUUGAAACACCAUUCACAACAGCAUUUGAAACUCCAUUUAUCACUGCAUAUUCAACACCAUUCAUUACUAAUCAUAUCACUCCAGUUGAAACUCCUUACAAGACUGCUUUCGAAACAGCUCAUAAAACACCAUUCCAAUCUAAUGGAAUAACACCAUUUAAUAUUCCAUUUAACACUGCUUUCGAAACAGCAUUUACUACUCCAUUUGAUACAGCAUUUUCCACACCAUUUUCAACUGCGUUUGAAACACCACAUUCAACACUAUUUUCAACUGCAUUUGAAACACCACACUCAACACCAUUUUCAACUGCUUUCGAAACAGCAUUUUCCACACCAUUUAAUGCAGCUGUUGAAACAGUAUUUACUACUCCAUUCCAAACUAAUGGAAAUACUCCAUUUGAGACAGUGUUUCAGAGUGCUUUUGAAACUCCAUUUGAAACUCAGUUUUCUACUCCAUUUAGUUCUGCUUUUGAGACACCAUAUUCAACACAAUCAACAACACCAUUUGAAACAGCUUUUUCAACACCAUUUAGCACAGCAGAAAUGACACCAAUAACUCCAGUUCAAACUCCAAUUGUUAUACCUCCAACUCCAAAGUCAGAAGAGAAAACACCUGUUCCACCAACAAAGGAAUCUGAAUCUGGAUCAUCUGAAUCUUCGUCGAAAGAAGUUCCAAAUGGUUCAUCAACAGCAGGCCAACAAAACGACCAAAACAACACAAAAUCUGAUAAGUCAAAGUCCAAGUUCAACUGGAUAAUAAUUGCAGUUGUUUGUGUUGUAAUUGCUAUAAUUGUUGCUGUUGCAAUCUAUUUAUACAUUAGAAAACAUAGGGAUGAAUCAGAUUCAGAUACAUAUAGUCAAGAAUUUCAAGUUGAAUCUGCCAUUACAAUUCCUACUGAUGCUCCAUCAGUCACCUGCGAUAAUCCAUUGUUUACUACUUCAAUUACUAGUCUCUCUGAUGAUCCAUUUAGAAACGAUUUCGAAGAGUCAGGAUAUGUUGGAUUCAUGCAUAUUGAACAUUAA